CUGCCUUAGACGCUCGGUUGGAAUGGCCCUGUUUUAAAGUUCCUGGGCAAAGAGCGGAGCGACCCGGCCAACCCCUUGGAAAGGGGCCAAGAUCCAACUCAAAGAGAAGAUAUUUUCACUCUUUACAUACAAGCAGCUUACGUGCCACCCCGGAGAUAAGGCGCAGCACUUAAGAACCAAGGUCUUUGCUGCUCGAUAACGUCGGAAAAUAAGGAAAAUGGCGGAGCCGGACAAAUUAAACAUCGACUCUAUAAUUCAACGUCUUCUGGAAGUCAAAGGCUCUCGGCCAGGGAAGAAUGUGCAGCUCACAGAAAACGAGAUCCGUGGCCUUUGCCUCAAGUCCCGCGAAAUCUUUCUGAGCCAGCCAAUCCUGCUGGAGCUCGAGGCUCCCCUUAAAAUCUGCGGCGACGUCCAUGGACAGUACUACGAUCUGCUGCGGCUCUUCGAGUACGGAGGUUUCCCUCCAGAAAGCAACUACCUGUUCCUGGGGGACUACGUGGACAGAGGGAAGCAGUCGCUAGAAACCAUCUGCCUCCUUUUAGCCUACAAGAUCAAAUACCCAGAGAACUUUUUCCUGCUCCGUGGAAACCACGAGUGCGCCUCUAUCAACCGAAUCUACGGCUUUUACGACGAGUGUAAGCGACGGUAUAACAUUAAGCUGUGGAAGACCUUCACAGACUGCUUUAACUGUUUACCAGUGGCUGCCAUUGUAGAUGAGAAGAUCUUCUGCUGUCAUGGAGGUCUCUCCCCUGACCUGCAGUCGAUGGAGCAGAUCCGCAGAGUAAUGCGACCCACAGACGUGCCGGACCAGGGUCUGCUGUGCGACCUGCUGUGGGCGGAUCCGGACAAAGACGUGCUGGGCUGGGGCGAGAACGACCGCGGCGUCUCCUUUACGUUCGGUGCAGAUGUGGUGGCCAAAUUUUUGCACAAACAUGACAUGGACCUAAUAUGCAGGGCACAUCAGGUGGUUGAAGAUGGUUAUGAGUUUUUCGCAAAGCGGCAGCUGGUUACUCUAUUCUCCGCCCCCAACUACUGCGGCGAGUUCGACAAUGCUGGUGCUAUGAUGAGCGUGGACGAGACGCUCAUGUGCUCCUUUCAGAUUCUGAAGCCAGCAGAUAAGAAACUGUAUCCUUACGGGGGAGGAAUGGGAUCGGGGCGGCCGGUGACUCCUCCACGAAAUUCAGCCAAGGCUGCCAAGGCCAAGAAAUAACCCCCGCCGUCUGAGGUCCCUCCUACAACGCGCCACCUCUGUCGGCCCAGUUCUUCUUCUUUUUUUUUUUUUUUUUUUUUUUUUUAACGUCCCUUUUCCUCUGAAUUCCUUCUGUUUCCUCUUCAUUUUGUAAAAAUAGAUCUUCUCAUGAAUCAUGUACAUUUGAACCUAGCUGCAGCGGGGUGGGGGGGCACUGUUUAAUGCUAAACAGGCUUUUGUACACCAUGUUUCAGAGGUCCAUGUCAGUCUGAGAUGGGGGAGCUGUUUUGGGAUCAACUCACGGUGGGGGGGUGGACAGGUGAAUGCUGAAAGGUGGAGUGACGGCGUGGCUCGUUUUUAUCUUUUCUUCCUUUUUUCAACAUCAACUUUGAUAUGACUUCAUAAUCAUGGACGUGCUGUUUAGAUUUCCUCUUUUAUUUUUGUAGAUACAUGAAACCAGCAUUGUUUUUCUUUAGUUCACUCAAAGUUGACUAAAUAAAAAUCACAGCUCAUUUCAAGUUCGCCAUCAUGCGGAUCA